CCCGAUUGGUCGGCACAGUGCAACUUUUGAGUGCGAUGCGUUUAUGAACGUAUUUCGAGUCGUUACGUAAAUGAACGUUAGUCGACUCGUUCGCGCACGUCUUGCCGGUCUGUGAAACGUGAAAUUAACUUGGACUGUAAAAGUAACAAAAUAUGGAACAGUAGAAUAUUAUUACGCCAUAGCGGAAUCAUGUGUUGCAUUCAACAAAAUGUCUUCCUUUAUUCACGCUUAUUCACAUGUUAAAUAAUAACAACGGGGUCUAAUAACGAUACAGGUAGCUUCAUCUGAAAAAAAUGAAGAUACAAGAUAACAUACUUCAUGGUCCAUCAAUAACAGAAGUACCAAACAUAUCUCUGGGACAACAUUUGUUCAAUUGUCUACAUUCUUAUGCUGAUCAGAUUGUGCAAGUAGAUAUUCAAACUGGUAAACACUACACAUGCAAAGAUAUUCUUGAAAAAAGCACGAUAUUAUCUGUCGCUUUGAGAAAUUAUGGAAUCAACGUGGAAGACAGAAUCUCCGUUGCAGCCGAAAACCAUCCACAUUGCAUGGUAUCGAUAUGUAGCACGUUAUUUAUCGGAGCUACAUUUGCACCAUUGAAUCCAGCAUAUACAGAAAGAGAAUUUAGGCACAUGCUGGAAAUUUAUCAGCCACGGGUGUUGUUUGUAUCGCGAUGCACUGAAAAUAUUUUGGCGAAAAUUGCAUCUACUGUAAGCUGGAAUAUGAAAUUAAUCGAAUUGGACGAUAAGCCACUUGAUGGAAAUAUAAUAACCUUGGACAAGGUUUUGGAAAAAUAUCAAAGUAUCACGAAUCCCUACACGUUUUCACCAGUGCAGAUAGAUAAUAACAGGGAAAGAACGGCAGCUAUUUUAUGUUCUAGCGGUACAACAGGCUUUCCAAAAGGAGUAUCGUUGUCUCAUCGAAAUUUGUUACUUUUCUUCCAAACUGUAAGUCUCCCAGAUUCAAUGGAUAUUCGACGUGGAGAUCGAAUACUAAUUUUCUUGCCAUUAUUUCACGGUUAUGCGUUCGGAAUGAUGAACGUGGCAAUAAGUCGCGGUGCAGCUGUGUAUCUAAUACGAAAUUUCAAGUUAGAAACGUUACUCAGUUCCGUAGAAAAAUACAGAAUUACGCAUACACCAUUGGUCCCUCCAGUUUUAGUAAGUCUUGCGAAACAUCCAAUGGUACCAAAUUGCGAUUUCAGCAGCGUGAGAGAGAUGAUUUCUGGUGCGGCACCGCUUCCGCUCGAUGUAGCAGACGAAGUGAAGCGACGUACAAAACUGAAAGUUAUUCGAAAUGGUUAUGGUAUGACGGAAUUAUCAAUAGUAUCAAACAUGAGCGAUAGGACGAGCAAUGAUAACUCCAUAGGUCCAAUAUUGCCUGGCUUUAAGUGCAAAGUGGUAGAUGUAGAAACGGGCGAUACGCUGGUUGCAAAACAAAUUGGCGAAGUUUGUCUCACAGGUGAUCAAGUAAUGUUGGGAUAUUUUAAAAACCCUAAAACCACUGCAGAAACAAUCGAUAAGGAGAAUUGGCUACACACUGGCGAUCUAGGAUAUUUUGACGAAAAAGGAUCGCUAUACAUUACAGGACGUAUAAAAGAAAUUAUUAAAUAUAAAGGUUUUCAAGUUUCACCAUCCGAGAUCGAAGCAGUAAUAUUGUCGCAUCCAAGCGUUAAGGAUGUUGCGGUCGUGGGAAAACCGGAUAAACUCAGCGGAGAGAUACCAAUGGCUCUGGUAGUCAGACAACCUGAUAAAACUAUAUCGGCGAAAGAAAUCGUGGAUUUCGCUAAUGAAAAUCUGUCACCACAAAAAUGGCUGAGAGGCGGUGUAAAAUUUGUCGAACAUAUACCCAAAACACCAUCGGGGAAAAUUAUACGAAGAGAAUUGGUUAAUAUAACAGCUAAAUUAUGAAUCAAUUUUUCUAAUUACUCGAAAUGUACGUUCUAAAUACACAACUUCUAUGUACACACACACAUUCAACUAUCUAUAAAUAUACUUUGUAAAAGUG